AUUCGAACCGGAAGGACGUCAUCACAACUCGACUCAUGUUCAUUGUUUUCGAGUAAAACAGCGUUUCCACCUCCGACACCGCCGCAAGAAAAAAAAAUAGUUUUAAACUAUUUUUUUUUUGUGUGACUGACGAAAUUCUUUAUUAAACUAAUCACCGGUAAAGAAAUGAAUAGUCGCCUACAGGAGAUACGGGAAAAGCAGAAGCUGCGACGCCAGCUUCUAGCUCAACAGUUGGGAGCAGAGAGUGCGGACAGUAUAGGCGCCGUUCUGAACAGCAAAGACGAACUGAAGGAGAUUGAGGAGACCAGAGAGACAUACAGGGCAUCGUUGGAUGCUGCCGGGCCGAGCUCCAAGAGGAAGCCUCCGGUGGAGGGAGAGGACACAGAGGAGGACGUUGAGGAGCCGAAGGAAGAGUUGGAGAUGCAGCCGCCCGAUGAGAGCAACCCUUAUGAGGAGGUCUACAAGGACUCUACCACCUUCCUGAAGGGUACCCAGAGUCUGAACCCCCAUAAUGACUACUGUCAACACUUUGUCGACACCGGACACCGACCACAGAACUUCAUCAGAGACGUCUGUCUGGCAGACCGGUUUGAAGAGUAUCCUAAACUCAGAGAGCUGAUCAGACUGAAGGAUGAACUGAUCUCAACCACCAACACCCCCCCCAUGUAUCUGCAGGCCGACCCAGAGCACUUUGACCUGCGUGAUCUGAAGACUAAGUUUGAUGUGAUCCUGCUGGAGCCCCCGCUAGAGGAGUACUACAGAGAGUCAGGAAUACCCCACACAGAACGCUACUGGAACUGGGACGAUAUAAUGAAGCUGGAGAUAGAGGAGAUAUCAGCCCUGCGUUCCUUUGUCUUUCUCUGGUGUGGACAGAGAGAGGGACUGGACCUGGGGAGAAUGUGUCUAAGAAAGUGGGGUUUCAGGCGUUGUGAGGAUAUCUGUUGGAUCAAAACCAAUAAGACCAACCCUGGAAAGACCAAAACCCUCGACCCUAAAGCUGUGUUUCAGAGAACCAAGGAACACUGUCUAAUGGGUAUUAAAGGAACAGUCCGGCGGUCUACAGAUGGGGAUUUCAUCCACGCCAACGUGGAUAUCGACCUGAUUAUUACCGAGGAGCCUGAGAUCGGGAACGUGGAGAAACCGGUGGAGAUAUUUCAUAUCAUAGAACACUUCUGUCUGGGGAGACGAAGGCUCCACCUGUUUGGACGAGACUCUACCAUCAGACCAGGGUGGUUGACAGUAGGUCCUACUCUGACCAACAGUAACUUCAACUCAGAGUCUUACUCCUCCCACUUCUCAAUCACACAGUCUCACCUCUCAG